GUGACUGAACCCUGUCAGUGUCUAGGAUGAUUGGUUAUCCGGGUCUUUUCGUGAUGACACAGUUUCACUUCCCGUAUGUGGACAAGCAAUGACCACUCCAAGUGUUUUACAAAGCUUGAAAACCUCGAAUAAAGGGAGACUGCUUUACGACAACCUAUGGAACACAUCGGCAGAGAGCACAAUGAGAACUCUGCAACAAUGUACAUCUUCUCCCCCUUUACGUACGACGCUUGCUUUGCGUAUGCAGCAAAGGAGUAUGGACAUAACUGAACGAAUAGUACAACCCGAAUCUACAAUCUCUCGAAAUACGUCGCAAUCGAUGAAGUCAACGUCUGCACCGCAGGGUGGAGAGUCGCUGUCUGCCUGGGUAGAUGUUGGAAUGUCGAGAUUGUCAUAUUGCGAAGGAGUUGUGUUGAAGGAAUGCUUGGCACAAGAGAGAAGAGAUGAAGAGACGCUGCAGAAAAGGGUGAUCAGACGGCAGCAAUAUCUAAAUGGGGAGUACAAGCACAUUCAGGAAUGGGCUGAAAACAGACUGAUAGAUGCUGUUGCUAAGAUGGAGGAAAAAGAGGAAGAACGUUGUGCUAACGUUACAAGAAUUGUUGAUCAAGAUGCCAUUAGUAAUCAACAACAAAGAACGAAAAGUGAAGAGACAAUGCAACGACGUUGGCAGGAGAUUGAUGAGAUCAUGAAGGUGGGGGAGGCAAAGAGACAACAAAUUACAGAGGAAGAACGAAUAAGAGCUGAAGAGCUGAGGAAACGGUUAGAACGGUUGGAAAAGAUAAAGUCCAUUCAAGUCACUAUUUGUGAUGUUGAGACUCAAUCUAAAUGCUUGUUGGCUCAGUGUCGGUAUAAGAGUUAUUUGUCACAUGACACAACAUUGGGCGAAAUUAAGGAACUUGAGCAGAAUGUUGAGAAGUCUGGAGAUUUACUAAAUGUAUCAGAAAAGGAAGGUCCAACAGACAUGAACAUAGAGGAAAUGGUUAGACUAGAAAGUUGUGUAAGACAUGGACUGCGGAGAAUUCAAGACUUAGUUCACCAAGCUGAACUUGCUUUUAAUGAAGCAGAGGCGAAAAAGAAGGAGGAGGAAGCAAAAGCAGCAAGCGAGGCACGUUAUAAGGAACAGCAAGAAAGGGAGAAGAAAGCCAAAGAAGAUCAGAAGAAGCUUGUGGUGUCUGGAGAUUCAACACGAUCUGUAUGCACUCUACCAGAUCAACUUGUGAACUGUGCAUCUCCAUCAGCAUAUGCAUUGUAUGAACAAUUGAAAAAGAAACUAGAUGAUGUGCUGAAGUUAUGUGAACCUCUUGCAAGUCCCACAACAGUGACAACAAAGAAACUGAAAUUGGAAUUGCAGAAAGCUAUUGCUCAUCCUGUCAAUGCUAUUUCAUCACAGUCUGCAGCACAUUUGAGAGACAAGGUUGGAAGGCUUGUAAAUCUCCUUAGUGGCAAGACUGUAACAAUUGCAGAUAUGCCAAUCAACGCAACACAGCAUCCACAGGGAAGAGCAUUUUGUUUAGAGUAUCUUGCCAAGAAACUAGUACACAAAGCUGCACAACAAGUUUCAGCCAAGCAUGAGUCAGCAUUUCCAUUGGCAGCUGUUGCUACAGCUGUAUGGAAAUUGUAUCCAGAGCUAGGACAUCUACUUUUGGCUCAUUUUUAUAUUGCAUGUCCAUACAUAAUUCCAUUUUACAUGCCACGGAAUAGAAAUCAGUUGGAAGGUGACUACAUGAAGAUGCUUGGCUAUCUGGUUGAUGAUGAUGGGAAGGUGGAAGAAGAAGAACAGUACCUAAAACGAAUGUCAGGUAUAUUACGGUUUUAUGCUGCAAUCAUACAGUCUACUCCACCCGGUGGUGGCCAGAGUGCUCAUCCUCAUGGAGUAGAACACGGGUGGGUUUGGUUGUCUCGGCUUGUCAAUCUUUCACCAAGGCAAGAUGUGACAGCUACACUUCUUUUUGAUUUUCUUGAGGUGGCUGGUCAUGCUCUUUUAGAAGCUUAUGGCAAACAAUUUCGCAAACUGCUUGCUUUAAUUGCAAGUGAGUAUUAUCCGAAGAUUGAAAAGGUGACACCUGAGAGCAAGCGGGGACCACUGACACGGUUGAGACAGUUUUUGGAGGAUUGUGUUAAAACAGGAAGAAUUUCUCAGCCACAAGGUUAUCUUAGUUCUCAGUUUUGGACGCGUGCUGCAACACCACCUCUAGUGGAUUUAACAAGCUAUUAGACAGAGUAUUUAAAUUGAUAAAUUGCUGUUGCUAUUUGGCAAACAAACUAUUGGCUUUUUUGGGUCCUUAAUGAAGGUAUCUUAAUUGAUAUUCAGUUUAUAGAUUCAGUUGCUUUUAUUAGCGUCUGGUUUACUUUUGUACACUUAGCUAACUCUAAUUCAAAACCGUAUAAUAUAUUUAUAGCAAGAUA